AUGACCCCCCAGGACAACCUCAACCUUCACCUGGCCGAAUCAAAAGCCAAGGACUUUCUCGACUCAUCCUUCGCCGCCUACAUGGACGACAACGACCCCCUCAAAGCACUCCGCGACGAGUUUGUCAUCCCCACCCGCGGUGAGAUUGCCCCAGGCGCAGACCGUCCCAACGAGCCCUGCACCUACUUCUGCGGAAACUCGCUCGGCCUCCUCCCCAAGGCCGUAGCCCGCUACGUGACCGAAGAACUCCAAGUCUGGGGCGAGGGCGCCGUCAACUCGCACUUCAAGCACCGGUUCGGCCGCCCCUGGGUCCGCAUUGAAGAAACCGUCCAAGAACAAUCCGCACGCGUCGUCGGUGCCAAAAAGGAUGAAGUCGCCAUCAUGAACACCCUCACCUCCAACCUCCAUACCCUCCUGGCGGCCUUCUAUACCCCUACCCAGGAGCGCCACAAGAUCUUGAUUGAAUCCAAGGCCUUCCCCUCGGACCAUUAUGCGGUUGAAUCGCAGAUCCGUUGGCACCAGAGGGAUCCUAAGGAUUCGCUGAUCUGUCAGGAGCCUCGUCAGGGGGAGAGUUUGUUGAGGACUGAGGAUAUCUUGGAGACGAUUGAGAAGCAUGGGCAUGAGAUUGCUGUUGUCUGCUUCUCUGGUAUUCAGUUCUACACUGGACAGUACUUUGAGAUGGAGAAAAUCACCAAAGCUGCUCAAGCCAAGGGAUGCAUCGUAGGCUGGGACUUGGCACACGCGGCAGGAAACGUCCCUGUGCAGCUGCACGACUGGAACGUCGAUUUCGCCUGCUGGUGCUCCUACAAGUACCUCAACUCGGGCCCUGGAGGCAUCGCUGGAAUUUUUGUCCACGAACGCCACGCCACCGACUUUAACCGCAACCGUCUUGCCGGCUGGUGGGGACACGACAAGGCCACCCGCUUUGACAUGGUCAAUGAGUUCAAGCCGAUUGCAGGAGCGGCAGGAUUCCAGCACUCCAACCCCUCAGUCCUGACCACAAGCGCCCUCCUCGGCUCCCUUUCCGUAUUCGAAAAAACCACAAUGACCGACAUGCGCAAGAAAUCCUUCCUCCUCACCGGAUAUCUAUACCACCUCCUCACAACCGAAUUCUCGACCGACGUUCUCGAAAUCAUCACCCCCGCCGAUCCAGAACAGCGAGGCGCCCAAUUGAGUUUGGUCUUCAAGAGAGGGAAGAUGAUGGAUAUUUUCGAGGGGUUGGCCAAGAGGGCUAUUGUUGGCGAUGAACGUAAACCAGAUGUUAUUCGAGUUGCCCCUACGCCUUUGUAUACCCGGUUUGAGGAUGUGAGGCUCUUUAUUGUUAACCUCAAGGAGCUCGUUGCCGAAUUUUAUUAG